AUGGGACGACUUGGCGGAAAGAUAGCCAUCGUGACUGGUUCUUCCAGUGGGAUAGGCCGUGCAAUCUCGCUCGAGUUUGCCCGAAAUGGUGCCAAAGUGAUCUGCGCAGAUUUGACCGAGAAAGCCCGUGCUGAUGUUGCCUCUGAACUGGCUAUCACAACGCACGAUCUGGUCACAAAGGAAGGCGGGGUAGCCGAGUUCUUCAAGGUCGACGUUACCAAAUCCGAAGAACAAGAGGCUUUGGUGAAAUAUGCUGUCGAGAGGUUUGGCAGGCUGGAUAUAAUGGUUAACAACGCCGGUGUUGCCAUGGAAGCCAAGAAUCCCCAACCUAUUUGGAGCUUCGACCAAACUGUCUUUGAGAAGGACAUGAAUAUCAACGUAGUAGGAGUGUUGCUUGGAUGCAAGUAUGCCUCCGCCCAGAUGAUCAAACAAGACCCGCUUCCGUGUGGCGACAGAGGCUGGAUCUUGAAUACAGCGAGCGUGCUUGGCAUGGUUGGCAGCCCGGGUAUCACUGGUUAUGUGACAUCCAAGCAUGCUGUGAUGGGGCUUACCAAAGCAGCGGCAUGGGAUUGCGCGCCGCACCGAAUCCACGUGAAUGCUGUGUGUCCCGGGUACACAGACACAGCCUUGAUAGCCGGUCUUGAAGGACAGAACAGAGCUCAAGUGGAAGCACUCCACCCUUUUGGAGGGCUAGGACGUCCAGAACAGAUUGCAAGAGCGGCCUUGUUCUUGGUUUCAGAAGAUAGUAGUUGGGUGACGGGUAUAGGUUUACCUGUAGAUGGAGGCUAUACAGCAUUUUAG